CGGGGAGCGCAGUCGGGGAGAGGCGGCCGGCGAGUGGCGAGGCGCCUGCGCGGUGUCCGGGCCCCUGAGCCCGCGGCGCUGAGCCAGCCGGGACGGACAUGCGCGGGAGGGCGCCGUGGGGCAGCCGCGGCUCCGCAGGGGGAAUGCAAGCUACUGGUUGACAACAGAUCCCUAGGCCUCACAAGUGUGGAGACCUCCCAGAGUUAAGACACCAUGUCCACGGCAGGAGUUGCUGCUCAGGAGAUUAGAGUCCCUUUAAAAACUGGAUUUCUGCAUGAUGGCCAAGCCAUGAGGACCGUGAGGACCUGCUGGGGCGGCCGCAGUGAGUUUGAAAAUCACUUUUUGAACAUUGACCCAAUCACCAUGGCCUACAGCCUCAACUCUACGGCUCAGGAGCACCUAACAUCUCUUGGGCACGCGGCGACAUCUGGUCCGAAGAACGGCAGCCACUUUGCAGAAAACGGCCCCGCUCAGAAGCCCAGCCUGGCCCCUCUUAUCAUUCCCCCGGGCGAAGACUUGGGGCAGCGUGAAGAGGAGCGAGUCGUGUGUGGUUUUAAGAAACUGUCAGUGAACGGGGUCUGUGCUUCUCCUCCUCCGCUCACCCCCAUAAAGAACCCCCCGUCCCCCUUCCCCUGCGCGGCUGUCUGUGAGCGGGGCUCCAGGCCCCUCCCGCCACUGCCCAUCUCAGAAGACCUCUCUCUGGACGAGACAGACUGCGAGGUAGAAUUCCUCACCAGCUCGGACACGGACUUCCUCUUAGAAGACUGUACGCUCUCUGGCUUCAAAUAUGAUGUUCCCGGCAGGCGAAGCUUCCGUGGGUGUGGACAGAUCAACUACGCAUAUUUCGAUACCCCGGCUGUCUCUGCAGCAGAUCUCAGCCAGGCCCCUGACCAAAAUGGAGGGGUGCAGAAUUCUAAUCCUCCUCUGCCUCAGACCCACCGAAGACUAAGAAGGUCUCAUUCAGGACCGGCUGGAUCCUUUAAUAAGCCAGCCAUAAGGAUAUCCAGCUACAUCCACAGAGCUUCUCCAAACUCCGAUGAAGACAAACCUGAGGUGCCCCCCAGGGUCCCCAUACCUCCGAGGCCAGUGAAGCCAGAUUAUAGAAGGUGGUCAGCAGAAGUUACUUCGAGCACCUACAGCGAUGAAGAUAGGCCUCCCAAAGUACCACCCAGAGAACCUUUAUCCCGGAGUAACUCCCGCACACCCAGCCCCAAAAGCCUCCCGUCUUACCUCAAUGGGGUCAUGCCCCCUACGCAGAGCUUUGCCCCUGAUCCCAAGUACGUCAGCAGCAAAGCCCUGCAAAGACAGAACAGCGAAGGAUCUGCCAAUAAGGUUCCUUGCAUUCUGCCCAUUAUUGAAAAUGGGAAGAAGGUUAGCUCGACACAUUAUUACCUACUACCUGAGAGACCACCGUACCUGGACAAAUACGAAAAGUUCUUUCGGGAAGCAGAAGAAACAAACUCAAGCACCCAAACCCAGCCCCUGUGUGCUGACCGCAGUGCCGCCUCAGCCGCAGACAAGCUGGACUCGAAAACAAAACUGGAUCCAGGUGGCCAUGUGAAGCGCAAACAUCUGUCCUAUGUGGUUUCUCCUUAG